CUGAGAAGCAACAUGGAAUGUAGAUGGACUGAUGGAGAAGAACUUCAGGGAUGGCCCAACGUUGAGUAUCUACCAACCACUCCUACCAAGGACGGAGAUGACAAACUGAAUGAGGGGCGAAAGCACCAGACAUCCAGCUGGAAGAUAAAGAGACAGAAAGUGAUCAAAAACCAGACUGUUUUAUCUGGCUCUGAGGCCAACAAAUUAAACCAAAUGAAGCAUUACCCCGAAAAUGCAGCCAGAGAGAGAACCCGAGUCCGCACCCUUCGGCAGGCAUUUCUGUCCCUCCAGGCCGCACUUCCAUCUGUCCCACCUGACACCAAACUGUCUAAACUGGAUGUGUUGAUCUUGGCCACCAGUUAUAUUGCCCACCUCACACAUACCUUGGACAAGGAUGGAAACCUACCUGGCAGUUCAACCACUUACCCCCAGUUCCGCAGGGGCCCUGGAUUUCUACACCCUAUGAAGAAGUGGCCAAUGAGAGCUCGUCUGUAUGGUGGUGCUUUGGAAGCCGAGGUGUCUGCCAGAUGUGCCUCAGACAAGGACUAAGGUGGAUGGAAAUGUUAAUAUUGGAAUUAGAGGGAUGUUAGAGGCUCCAGCAUCUUCUACUAUCUUCUCCAGUCCGUCGGAUGUAUUGUUGAAGCUCUGUAUGAUUCUCCCACACCUAAGAUGCCGUUUUAUUCUUUCUACAAUGGAAAAGACGCAGUCCCAAGCCUGUCCACCCAUACCCCUACAUAUUUAGUAGAAGGACAGUUCCUCUAAGUCUCUACCAUGAGUAUAGAUGACUCAAGUACCAUCAACACAUGCUGAUGUUCUAGAUAAUGUCAUUAACACAAUAGAAGCUUUCCUUUUCAUGAUAUCAUGAUGGUUGUGAGCUGAACUUGUUAAUUGGGUCAAGGCCAGUCUGUGAUUUCUAGUCCAUCGAUAGCUGGCAGAGAAUUAUGGGAAAUGUAACUGUAACUAAUUUGCAAGAGGAAACGCGUUGGGCCACUCUUGUUAGUCCUCUACAGCUGAUUGACUCCAAGGAGCUGUGAGAAUUAAAGAAGAAUAUAUGGGAAAUACAGCCAGUGUGAGAUAAAUAUAAACUAUAUUAAUACAAGUGCUGUAUAUAUUUUGUUCCUAAUAUAAAAUGUGUUGGAGGAUUUAAAUCCCCUCCCCAGUUCACGUGGACUUUAUACUUUAUUACAUGCUAAAGUGUGGAAUAGAAAAAGAUCUGGGUCUAUGGUGCUUUAUCCUUAUAAUUUCCAUUCUGGUUAAAUUUUUUGUUAAGUUCAUUCAAUCAAGUUAAAAUGGAAGAGAAAGGGGGCCAGUGUGAGAGUGCAUCAUGGGAAGGCUUGGAUAAUAC